AUGGGGUUUGCAGACGGUUAUAGGUUCCUGAGCACUUCAAACUCUGAGAAAAAAACAGAUGAUGGUAUUGAGAAUAACACUAAUGGAAUUGACAGUUUCGAUAAUCAUAGUCAAUUGACAACAGGCUCGGAAAAGGGAGCAUACGUUUUGGAAGCUGACAAAAAUGUCAAGGAAAUUGGUAUAAUUUCAGCAACAUUUUUGAUGCUUAAUAGAAUGUUGGGUGCUGGGGUAUUCUCCACUGGAUCGACAAUCUUUACUUUGUCUGGCUCGGUAGGAACAGCAUUGAUGAUGUGGUUUGCUGGUACUGUCAUUGCAUUCACUGGGUUAUUGGUUUAUAUGGAAUUGGGAACAGCAUUACCAAGAAAUGGAGGUGAGAAGAAUUAUCUUGAAUACAUGUUUCGCAGACCAAAGUUCUUGGUCACAGCUAUGUACGCUUCCUAUGUGUUUUUCCUUGGUUGGGCUGCCGGUAACUCGGUUGUCGUUGGUGAAUAUAUUUUGAAUGCUGCUGGCAAGGAGGUUACGCAAUGGAACUCUAGAGGUAUCGGUGUGGCUGUCAUCACUUUUGCAUUCUUGAUCAACGGUAUCAAUGUCAAGGCAGGUUUGCUUUUGGCCAAUGUCUUGGGUGCUUUUAAAGUCAUCAUUGUUCUUUUCAUCAGUGUUACCGGUUGGGUUGCUUUGGGAGGAGGAAUCAAGACAAACAACUUUCAAUCUCCUGGUAACUUCCACAAUGCUUUCGAUGGAGAGAGUCCAACUGGUUUCGGUAUAGUCAAUGCUUUGUACAAUGUCAUUUGGUCGUAUGUCGGUUAUUCGAAUGCAAACUAUGCUUUGGGAGAAAUAAAGAACCCGGAAAGAGUCUUGAGGAUUGCUGCCCCGGCUGCGUUUAUUGGAUUGGGUAUCAUUUAUAUGUUUGUCAAUAUUGCAUACUUUGCCGUUGUUCCAAAGGCUGAAAUUGCCUCAUCUGGAAGAAUUUUGGCUGCUUCGUUUUUCAAGUACGCUUUUGGUGAUAAGGCAGAAACCGCUGCAUCGGUUUUUGUUGCCAUUUCUGCAUGGGCCAAUGUUAUGUCGGUCAUCUUUUCCCAAGGUAGGAUUAUUCAACAAUUGGGACGUGAGGGUUCUUUGCCAUUUUCCCGCUUUUUUGCUACUUCAAAACCAUUUGGAAGUCCAUUUGUGGGGUUGAUGCAGCAUUGGAUUGUUUGUAUUGUCACCAUUUUGGCCCCACCACCAGGUGAUGCGUACAACUUCAUUUUGAACUUGAUUUCAUACCCAUUGAAUGUUGUCAAUACAACUCUUGCCGGUGGGUUAAUCUACAUUUACUACAAGAAAUACAAGGGAUUGACUGAAUGGAACCCCCCAAUCAAAGCCUCAUUCCCAAUUGUCGUUUUCUUUUUCCUUGCUUCCUUAUACUUGAUUGCUGCUCCAUAUAUUCCACCAGUGAAAGGCCAGAGUGUGUACAAUGAUUUGCCUUACUGGAUCCAUGCUGUUGUCACGUGGGGUGUUUUUGGUGUUGGUUUGAUUUACUGGAUUGUCUGGGUCAAGGUUUUGCCAUACUUUGGUGGUUACCGCCUUGUUGCGAAGGAGAUCUUGGGUGAUGAUGGAUUCUGGAGAAACAAGAUUUACAAGGUCUCAAAAGAUGCCGACGAAGUGGAUCAAGUUGAUGAGGAUAUUGAAGUGGUGAAGUAA